AUGUCUUCGCCAUUCGUGUACACCCCUCAUCCGUCGUACAUGCUAACUCAGUACCUCGAUCCAGCAUACGGCCAGCAGCAGGCGUCCCCGUUCAUUCCUAGCGCAUCCCUCUACCCAACAUCCCCCUACGCCAAUUCGAAUGACCUACCCAACGAUCCCGGGACUCCCAACACUCCCAGGCGGGUCCACUUUGGUGAUGAAUUCGGCGACCCAUUCGGUACGCACGCGAGGCAGCGUCGGCCGUCGUGGUCUGGGCCGCCCCCGCACAGCAGCCCAGGCAUCGUACCCGUUGUAUUCCCCCCAUCUUCGCCCUUCACACCGACGUCUCCUUUCCUUGGGCCUCAACCCCAACCCCCCUACUACCAGCGUCGGCACUCUUACGGUGCUUAUGGGCAACAGCAGCCGAUAUGGGGCGCAAAUGUGCCGGCUUGGAGUCCCUACGCCAUGAGCCCUGGGCCGGGCAUGCUUCCGCCACAGUGGCAAGCCGUGCAGCCGACCGUUUUGCAGAUUCACCCUUGGCUCAACGGGGAAUCUCCUCGUGGAGACUUUAUAUUUGAUCUAUCGGCGGCAACGUAUGCGCCGCUACGUCUAGUUGGCCCAGGACAAAGUCAGCCUAUACCAUGGGAGGAUUUGAAGCAAUCGGCAACUCACCCGCCGAUUACUCGUCUGCUCAUUACUUGCGAUAUGAUCCCUCAGUGGCCGAUCAAGCUCGAGUUCAACCCGUACUUCGGUGCCGGUCCUAAUGGCGGACAUCUACCACCUCACGCCGCUCCGCCGAUUAGCGUGCACGACAUCCUAUUGCAGAUACACCAGUCCCUCAAUCAGAGGAUCUCCCACAUCGACUGGGCAAAGUUGUCGAUGGCUGAAGAGAAAGCUGUUUCGCGGGCGUACGCUCAUCGAUGUCGUCGGUCGGGUACUAUGGAGAUGAUUGAAAGGGGGAAUGGGAUCAAGCGCGUCGACUUUUUAUUGGACAAAGUGUUUUUCAAGGGGCUCGUGCGGACGGGCGAGAGUUGGGAAUCGAUGAAACUCAUCACUGGUUGA